AGCAUCAUGUAUCACGAAUGGGUGCCACGUUAAUAAUAAUUUUUAACUAAUUUUGACUUAAAAAUAAAUAUGAUUUUAUAUUUUAAUACACACAGAUUCCGUCAAUUAUUUUAUAAUGGCAGCCAAAGCCACUACAAUCAAAGAAGCAAUUAAACGGUGGGAAGAGAAAACGGGACAGCAGGCCGCCACUGCUACGGAAGUUAGUUUGGUAUUCCAGUGGCCACCAAUAGAGAAAAUGGAUAAUUCUUUAUCUUGUCUUGUUAACUGCGAGAAACUUAGUUUAUCGACAAACCUAAUUGAAAAGGUAUCAUCUCUAAAUAGCUUGAAGAAAUUACGUAUUUUGUCACUUGGGAGAAAUUAUAUUAAAUCUUUUUCUGGUAUGGAAUGUGUCGGGGAUACUUUAGAGGAGCUAUGGAUAUCCUACAAUCUGGUAGAGAAGCUUAAGGGCAUAAAUGUGCUAAGAAACUUGAAAGUUCUGUAUAUGAGCAACAAUUUGGUUAAGGAAUGGAGUGAAUUCAAUAAACUUCAGGAGCUACCAAAUCUAGAAGACCUUCUAUUUGUUGGGAACCCUCUUUAUGACGCGUGCGAAUUAGAAGUGUGGCGUUCAGAAGCAGCGAGAAGGCUACCAGGACUGAAAAAAUUAGAUGGAGAAACUGUUCUGCGGGAGGAUGAGCCACCGUUGACGGUUGCUGAUCUUGAGCCUGAUGGUGGUGAUGGCGUAGAAACUUUAGUCAGCGCUGAACCAAACGACUAAAAAGCUAUAGUUAAAAAAUACUAAGAAAUAUGAGAAAAAUAAAAUCAUUU